AUGGAACCUCCCCUCCUCCCAAUUCAAGCAGACAUCUACAUCCCCCCUCUCCUCCGCACCGCCACCGGCAGCUCCCACCCCAACAAACAGCACUGGUCCCCCAUCAGCUGCACCCUCAUCCACACCCCCACCGAAGCCCUCCUCAUCGACACCUCUCCCACGCUCGACCAGACCUCCGCCCUCGCAGACUGGAUAGCCGAAACACUCCUCCCAGGCUGCGAGCUAAAAUACUUCUUCACCACCCACGCCCACGGCGACCACUUCCUCGGCUUCCCUGCCCUAUUAGCCCGGUGGCCAGACAUCCAGCCGAUUGCUACAGCCGCGGUCGCCAACGCCAUCGAGGCCACAUACACGCGAGAAGUUCUGGCGUACUGGCGCAACCUCUGGCCCGACCAUCCCAUGUCCACCGACACAGUGACCUUCCACCCCCUCCCCGCCACCAACACCCUCACGCUCUCUGGCCACACCCUCCACGCCUACGACGUGGUCCAAGGUGACAGCGAGGCAAACGCCUACCUCCACAUCCCCUCCCUCUCCCUCAUCGUAGCAGGCGACCUCGUCUACGGCGCCUGCCACGUCUACCUCGCCGAAGCCAACACACGUCAAAAGCGUGACGAUUGGAUCAACGCGAUUGAGCAGAUCGAGGCGCUGGGGCCGAAGGUCGUUGUUCCUGGGCAUAGAAGGCGGACGGAGGUGGAUGGUGCUUGGCUGUUGCGGGGGACGAAGGAGUAUAUGCGGGUGUUUGAGCGGGAGUUGGCGGUGGCGGGGAGUGCGGGGGAGUUGGAGGAGAGGAUGGGGGGGUUGUUUCCGGGACGGUGGGGUGGGUAUAUACUCCAGCGGAGUUGCGAGGAGAGUUGGGCUAAUCGGGAGGUGUGA